AUGGAGCCAACUAUCACCCUUCUAUGCCAGGGUUACGGCUUUGCUAUUCUGGAAUCUACGGCGAAAGAGUCCCCUGUGCUCUCAAAGGUUAUCGAAAGCCUGUCUGAGUCUCCGAAACGCGUGAUCCCAAUCACCGACUUCGAUCUCGAUGCAGUGAACUGUUUCGUCGAAUUCUUAAAUCGCGGACGGUACGAGGCCAAUCAAACCCUGUUUCCCAGCGUUGUGGAAUCCGCCGGUACAGGCAAGCCACUUCAAGGUGCGCUUUUCACUCGGGAUCUUCUGCUCCGGCAUAUCACGAUGAAUACACUAGGCCGGCACUAUAAAGUCUCAAGCCUUUGUGGAUACGCAAGGGAUCUAAUACAGAAGAUCCUGCGUAGUCAAUGGGCUGACGGGGCCUUCUUGGGCGUUCUCGACGUCGCCUUAACACACGAUGAUUAUGAGUUACACGAGAUCCUAUGGUCUCAAGCUCGCAGUCACUUGCACUCUUUGACAGCAACCUCUGAGUUCGACCCAGUCACCUUUUUACGAAGCUUUCACAGCAACCUACGAGCCUGCCCAGAGCCCAUCACUAUCGACUCUGCGGAAGUCGAGGGGCUCAAGGAACAAGUAACACUCUUCCAAAAGCGAACCUCCGAGCUCUCUAUCGUGCGCAACAAACUGAAAAUCCGGCUCUCAGAAGUCUCUACCCAACGAGACGAACACCACCAACACCUUCAGUCCCAGGUCUCGGCCCUCAGCCAGCAAGUCUCCGACCUAUCUAAAGAAAAAGAUACCCUCCACGGCUCUCUUGAGGCAGCAUCCCGAUCUCGACAGGAGGCAGAAAAUGACACCAAACGAGCUGAAGAACAUACGCAAAGUGCUCUUUCACGUGCUCAGGCUGCCAUGACAGCAUGUGCACAAGCUGAGAAGCAGUUACAGGAAGCUAAUGAGCGUUAUACUGCAUCAAAAUCGGAACACGAAAACAGCCUAUCGACAUGUGAAAACGACCUCAGAAUCACAAGAUCAGAGCGAGAUCUUCUUCGAACGCGAUGGAAAGCAGAAAAGGACAAAUCGUCCGCCCUCAUCAAGGAAGUCGACGACUUGAAACUUGCUAUCGAUCUCGAGAGAAGCAUCAAGGACACCGUACCGACCACAGUGCGAGAUGAGCUAAAGCACGCCCUCGAGGCUGAGCAACGGGAAGUGAAGAGGCUCAGUACGGAGCUCGAAAACGCCCAGCGGUAUUUUCAGGGAACCAAAUCCAUGCCUCAGUCCGAAAGGGACAAGCUAUACGAGUCCUUGGGGGCAGAAAAGAACAAGGUUGUUCACCUCACGCAAGGUCGAGAUCAAGCAAUCGCAGAGCGAGACGCAGCAAAGAGAGAACUGGGGAACGAGAUUAACGCGAGACUAUUGGCAGAAGAAAAGAUUGACGAUGCGAUUGGGUGCUUUGAUGACUACGAGGAAUGUCGACACUGUGGGUGGGAUUUUGGUUGCAGGCUAGAAGAUGACCGUGACCGUGACUGUGUCUUGGUGAGAUGCAACCGUUGCCGUACCCGACAUUGGCAUGACUGA